AUGCCAGCCAACCCUAUGCAUACUCCAUCCUGCCUCGCCUGCCCUUUGAUCCGAUCGUUUUGCCUCCCUCCCCUCCUGCUCCCCCAAGACACUGGUCCUCUUACAUCGGUCCCCUGGCCCGCACGCCCACGCUGUACAUCGCUCUGCAUCACUCCAUUCUUCCUCGCCUGCCCUUUGAACCGACUUCUCACUCCCCCUUCCCUCGCCCCCCAUCUACUUCCAGACACGGGUCCCCUGGCCCGCACGCCCACGCUCUACAUCGCUCUGCAGGACUCCAUUCUGUCACACUUAAAAGCCCCCUCUGCCCUUCCCCCCCUCUCCCCCCACGCCCUCCCCCAGACACCGCCCAUCUUUCCCCUUGCCCCUUUCACAACCCACUCCCCCCCAGACACGGGUCCCCUGGCCCGCACAUCCACACUCUACAUCGCUCUGCAGGACUCCAUCCUGCCUCGCCUGUGCUUUGAACAGGUUAUAGGACCCCUUCUCUCCCCUUGCCCUUUUCACCCCCCCUACCCCCCUCCUCCCCCCAUAGAUACUGGUCCCCUGGCCCGCACGCCAACACUCUACAUCGCUCUGCAGGACUCCAUCCUGCCUCGCUUGUGCUUUGAAGUGAAUUUUAACUCCCCUCUUCUCUCCUUGCUCCUUUCACACGCCCUCCCCCUCUCUCCUCCAGACACCGGCCCUCUUGCCCGCACGCACACCCACGCUCUACAUCGCUCUGCAGGACUCCACCUUACUAGUACCACACUCAUCCCCUCGCCUCUCCCCCUCCCUCUCCCCCACUCUCCCCGUCAUUUACUCCCAGACACCGGUCCCCUGGCCCGCACGCCAACGCUCUACAUCGCUCUGCAGGACUCAAUCCUGCCUCGCCUGCGCUUCCCCAAGUUCAUGGCGCAGACAAACGAACUGCUGGGAGACGAGGUGGGCAGAAGCAGUGGUGGAGGCUCUUCUGGGGGGAGCACAGCCGCCUGUCCCGCCUGUCCCGCCCCCCUCCCAGCACACACCCCUCGUCAGGCAGAAGCAGUGGUGGAGGCUCUUCUGGGGGAGCACAGCCGCCUGUCCCGCCCCCAGCUGGUGAAGCAGUCGAAGUUCCCUCAAUGUGUCAUCCUCCCUUUUCUUCCUGCACCCCCGCUCCCCCUCCCAACACACCUCCCGUCAGGCAAAGCGAUCACAUCACACCCACUGUUCCCAUGGUCCAUCCGCCCCUGCCACUUAUCCCAUCCCCUCCCAACACACACCACUCGUCAGGCAGAGGCAGUGGUGGAGGCUCUUCUGGAGCACGGCCGUCUGUCCCUGCACCAGCUCGUGCAGCGAUCACACUGCACUUCCCUUGAUGCCCCAUUUACCAUCCACCCUUUCCCCUUCCCCCUCCAACACACACCUCGCCAGGCAGAGGCAGUGGUGGAGGCUCUUUUGGAGCACGGCCGCCUGUUCCCAUGCCGCAUCUCUCCCCCCCCCCUCUCUCCACUUUUCCCCUCCCCCCUCCAGCACACACCUCGUCAGGCAGAGGCAGUGGUGGAGGCUGCAGAGGCAGUGGUGGAGGCUCUUUUAGAGCACGGCCGGCUGUCCCUGCACCAGCUCGUGCAGCGAUCAGUGGCAAAGGCUGGCUCGUCUGAUCCCUCUGCGGCAAAGACCGAGGGUCAGGUUCGGCAGCAGCUGGUGGCGGCGCUGUCAGUGCUGAUCCAUGAGAGGCUCGUCGAGAGGGUAGGGGCCCCCGAGCCUAUGCUGCCGGCUCGGGGAGCAAGCAGCGGCGGCGAUGCUCCCAAGCCCGCUGCUCGUGCGCGAGUGCGCACGCGAGCCAUGAUGGAAUCGUCUGGCUACUUUGAUUCAGAGGAGCACCGUGUGGUCGUUGCAGCGCGCUGCAGCGAUGCCCUGCGCUUCCAGCUGCCCGGUGCAUGGGUGCUGUCGGGUGGUGAUGGCGCUGGUGGCGGUGCUGCUGGUAGUGCUGCUGUGGAUGGGAGCGCUGGGGCGGAUGGGGGACUGACAGCAGCAGCAGCGGCCAAAUUGAAGGUGAUUAUUCGGAUCGUGGUGAUUGUGCUGGCGCUGGUGCUGUUAGUGGUGCUGUGGAUGGGAGCGCAGGGGCGGAUGGUGGAAUGGCAGCAGCAGCAGCAGCAAAACAAUGAGGAUGAGGAUGAGGAGCAAGCGGGGCCCAGUGCCAAGCGGCCUGCAACGGGGUUGGCAGCAGGUGGAGGGAAGUGCAGGGGGAGGGGAGAAGCAAGUUUUUCUAGACAAUGUUAUGCCGCUUUUUCCCGUGGUCUCGUCCUCACUCACUUGCAGAGAAAGCGGGUGGUUCUAGACGAUGACGAUGAGGAGGAGCAAGCGGGGCCCAGUGCCAAGCGCCCUGCAACGGGGUUGGCACCACACAGAGGAAAGCGAGUGGUUCUAGACGCAGACGAUGAGGAGGAGGAGCAAGCGGGACCCAGUGCCAAGCGGCAAGCGCUGGCCGCACUGCACCACACAGUGUUCCCCAUUUCUGCCCUUGCACCGCACCCCACCGCACCUCCCUUGCAGAGGAAGCGAGUGGUCUUGGAUGAUGACGACGAGGAGGAGCAAGCGGGGCCCAGUGCCAAGCGGCCUGCACUGAGAAAGCGAGUGGUGUUGGAUGAUGACGACGAGGAGGAGCAAGCAGGGCCCAGUGCCAAGCGGCCUGCACUGAGAAAGCGAGUGGUCUUGGACGAUGACGAUGAGGAGGAGCAAGUGGGGCCCAUUGCCAAGCGGCCUGCACUGAGAAAGCGAGUGGUGUUGGAUGAUGACGACGAGGAGGAGCAAGCAGGGCCCAGUGCCAAGCGGCCUGCACUGAGGAAGCGAGUGGUCUUGGAUGAUGACGAUGAGGAGGAGCAAGCGGGGCCCAGUGCCAAGAGGCUUGCAACGGGGGCGGCACCACACAAUGUUUCCCAUUUCUGCCUAUGCACUGCACCCACCACACCGCACCCCACCACACCGCACCCCACCGCACCGCACUUGCAGAGGAAGCGAGUGGUUUUGGAUGACGAUGAUGAUGAGGAGCAAGCGGGGCCCAGUGCCAAGCGGCCUGCCACAGGGGCUGCAGCAGGUGGAGGGGAGAAGCAGGGAGGAGGAGGGGAGGACUCUGGCGUGCUGUGGCGGGUGAACUAUGAGGAGUUUCUUAGACGAACGAGACACCAGACCAUAGUGGACUUUGUGCGAGAGAGCAUCGACCCCGGCGCUUCCAUCAUCACUGCCGCCCUGCUGCAUGCCGGAAAGAACCAGGAAACUUCCCUUCGACACCCGUACUCAGCGUCCCUCUCCCUGGACUCAAUAGUGAAUGCAGUGCGAGGCACAGAAGACGGUCGCACCAUGGCUCUUGAUCGCAUCAGGGCAGCUCUGCAGCUGCUCGUUGCUCAUCCCAGCGCCGUGGCUUCUCGCUCCUCCGACGCUCACUACACCAUCCAAUCUGCAAAGAUUAUCGAGCUAGUGAAACUCAGAGAGGUGGAGGCCAUUGUUUCUCAACGUUUCGGCCCUUCUGCCUGCCGAUUGUUCCGCCUGCUGCUGUCCAAGAACUGCUUGGAGCAGAAGCAGGCGGCGGAACUUGCGAUGAUAUCUCUUGCGGACGCACGGCAGCUGCUCUACCGAAUGAUGCUGGAUGAGUUUGUGCAGCUGCAGGAAGUCCCCAAGACGGCUGAUCAUGCCCCUCAAAGGACCUUCUACCUCUGGCGCAUCCACAUCGGGACGGUUCUGCCCCGCGUGCUCAACCACAUGUGCCAUGGCGCAUGCAACCUGCGGCUGAGGCUGGAGCAUGAAAUGCAGCAGGAGCAGGAGGUGCUGUCUCUCCUGGAGCAGAUAGAGCAGGCGCACGCAGCACCUGGUGGUGGCGGUGCUGGCGGGGCGCCAGAGAAGGCAGUGGCGUUGACGUCAGGGCAGAGGAAGCAGCUGGAGAGGAUCCGGCGAGUGGCGGCUGUCCGGUCAGGGGUGCCAUUCAGUGGUGGUGCUGCUGCUGGUGAAAGGAGGGCAGAGGAAGCAGCUGGAGAGUAUUCGGGAGUGGCGGUGGUGCUACUCUAG